GAUCAUAAAAAGCCAAAAUUGUAAGCACGAAGCCUAAAAGUAACUGAUAAAAUGAAAAAUACUUUUGUCGAGUCAGCAAGAAGUGCCCAAGAAGUCGACGGCAAUUGCUUUCCGCGAACUUGCAGCCGCCAACCGCGUUUAGAUUUUCUUCCCCCAUUAGUCCUUUCAAUUGCAGCUUCGUCAACUCAUGCAGGUCAACUCCUCCCUCUCUCUCUCAUUCUCUCUCUCCCCCCGCAUUAAAAUCAUCCAUAGUUCUCUGUAAUUGGCAACGAAAUUAAUUAAGUGCAACUCCCCCACGGGUUGCCUUGUCGAGUGGCCAUGGCGAACUGUAGGAGACUGCUGGUGCCUCUGUUAUUGGUCCUUUCCACCGUCUUUGCCUCUGCUCAGCUGCCUGUCAACGUUGAUUGCGGAACCACCGGCAAAAAUAAGGGCUACCUGGGCUUCACAUGGGUUGGUGAUGAACAGUACGUGCCGUCGGGCCAAUCGACGACCGUCAAAAUCGACGAUUCGCUCAUAGCGCCGCUCACCACCCUCCGGUACUUUCCCUCGGGAAAGAAGAACUGCUACUCCUUCCUGGGCGUGGGCCAAGGCAUCAAGAUCCUCGUUCGCGCUUGGUUUUACUAUGGCAACUACGACGGCCUGUCGUCGCCGCCGACAUUUAACGUUCUUUUCAACGGGAACCUUUGGUCGCCGGUGUUCAUGACCGGAGAUAAUGGUUCUGCAAUCUUGGAGAUGAUCCACGCCACCAAAGUUGAUGAUGUUAGUGUCUGUUUGGCUCGUACCAAUGCCAAGGACGUUCCCUUCAUCAACGCUCUUGAAAUAAAGAAGCUGGAAGCUGACAUGUACUAUAGCAUGGACACCGACCGUCCCCUGCAUGCCAUGGGAAGAUAUGCCUACGCAUCACCAUCCACCAAUGUUGUGAGGUACCCUGAUGAUCCCUACGACCGACUGUGGUUUAUUUUUUCUAAUUACGCAAGUGGGUUGAGUCCCCUGAGUCGGAGUUCCGACCCUCUCUCGAACCUAGCCGAUAGACCGCCAGCUGCUGUUCUAAGGCAAGCGAUUACGCCGUCCUCGAGUCUAGCAUCUAACAUGACCAUUCCCAACCUCAUUACGUCGACGUCGCCGGUGCCUCAUUACGUUACCUUCUAUUUCGUGGAGAUGUCGCCCAACGCCACCAGGUCCUUCGACUUCUUCUUGGACGACCAGAGAUUCUAUUCCAACACGAUUGUUCCAAAUGGGACGGUGCUGGAGAUUUUCCACCCCAAGGUCAAUCUGUCGACUAGCUCUGUGUUCUCACUAGUGAGAGCCAAUGGCUCCGCUCUGCCUCCCCUAAUCAGCGCGGCGGAGUUCUUUAAGGUCGGUGACAUUUGGGCCGUCGCUGCAACCGACAGUUCAGAUGUGACGGCGUUGAGUGCGCUUCAGAAGAGUUAUGUGCAACUCCAGCAGUGGAGCGGAGAUCCUUGUCUUCCCGUCGGAUAUGCUUGGGAGUGGCUCAAUUGCAGCUCUGAUUCCACUCCUCGAGUUACUGCUCUGUACUUGGGUGGUUAUGGACUCAGCGGCCCCCUUGCAGACUUCAGUAACUUGACAGCUCUUCAAACAAUUGAUUUGCAUAACAACAGUUUGAGUGGAAGCAUUCCUGAAUUCCUUGGAAAACUUCCCAAUUUGCAGCAAUUAAACCUAGCCGACAACCAAUUUAAUGGAUCAGUGCCUUCAUCACUUACUGGCAAUUCAAAAGUAAAUUUGAACAUUUCAGGCAACAACAUCUCUAGCGGCACAAUUUCGAGCAGUCCAAGCAAUUCCACAAUCAAAUCAAAGAAGAAGACCAACGGGGGCGUAGUAGCUGGAGCAAUCAUUGGCUCUCUCUUGUUCCUGUUGCUUUUGGUGUUAUUUGUUAUUUUCAUUUUCAAGGGGCGAAGAACUCCAGUUCAAUUGAACGCAGCAGCCCAUAAUGCCAAGCCGACGGCCCUACUAGAACCGGAGAUCAAGCAUGAAUUCUCUCAUGCAGAGAUAUUGGAAAUUACCACCAACUUUGAGACAGUCAUUGGUGAAGGAGGAUCUGGUAAUGUCUACUAUGGUCGACUUAAAAAUGGUCCUGAAGUUGCCGUUAAGGUGCUAAAGGAUUCGCUCGAACAAGGAACCAAGGAAUUUGUAGCAGAGGUAAAGUUAUUGAUGACUGUUCACCACAAAUGUCUAGUCUCAUUUAUUGGAUACUGUGAGGAGGAUGGCAAACUGAUUCUUCUAUACGAGUACAUGAGUGGAGGGAAUUUAAGGCAGCUGCUGUCAGGAAGAGACAGCACAUCUGCAUUUCUAACAUGGCAAACAAGACUUCAGAUGGCACUGAAUGUGGCAGCAGGUUUGGACUAUUUACAUUCAGGCUGUUAUCCACAAAUCAUUCACAGGGAUGUGAAAACUACAAAUAUCCUUUUGAAUGCAAAGAUGGAAGCGAAAGUAGCAGAUUUUGGAUUGUCCAAAGCUGGCCACAAGGACGAUGUAACGCAAUUACCAACUGUAGUUGCUGGCACUCCCGGAUAUAUUGAUCCUGAGUACUACAGGACAAGCUUGGUUACCAAAAAGAGCGACGUCUAUAGCUUCGGUGUGGUUCUCUUUGAACUCAUGACUGGAUAUGCUCCACUGUUUAAUGUGUCAGGAGAGCGUUUUCAUAUAGUUGAGUGGGCAACAUCAAGACUAACUAGAGGAGACAUCCAUAGUGUUGCUGACCCAAGGCUGGGAGGGCAAUAUGAAGUAAACUCCAUGUGGAAAGUUGCAGAUAUAGCAAUGUCAUGCACUGCUCCAUCAUCCGAGAUGAGGCCUCACAUGAGUGAUGUAGUAAUCCAAUUGAAGGAGGCCAUUGAGGCAGAGUCCUAUUCUCAACAGAGGACUGGCAACUCAUCUGCAGAGGUUCAACAUUCCUCAUCAUCUUAUGGAUUUUCCAGCUCGCAUGUGUCAAACUCAAGCCUGCCACCAGCAAGAUAGUUAAGUCUUCCACUAAAGCGUCAUGUACUUAUGAGGCAAUUUAGUCUUUCAGUUUCCUUUUGUUGGUGUUGAUAGGAGACGGAUUUGUUUUGCGGAAUAUUUUGUUACAUAUGUUGCCAUAAGUGUGCAGAAAAAGUGUGAAAGCAGUAAACAUUCUCAUUAUGUGUGGAUAUCCCUUGUGUAAUUCUCCGAAACGAAUACUACCCGACAUUUCUUCUUUUUAUUUUAA